AAUGCUUUAAUAUUUCUAAUAUUUUGCAAAUGGCGAAGGAAGGUUUCAGUACUACUAAAACCUGGAUGUAUGGAAAAUUUUCAAAAAAACACUCAUCAAAUAAAAAGUUAUCGAGUAAGAAAUAGGAUAGAAAAGCCCUGCAACAUCAUCUGUAUAAAAUGGUGUCAAAAGAGCAAUAUCAUAACCUACCUGCAGAAAUAUUAACUUUCAGAACUCUUUGAUCAUACUGUCCUAAGAAGAUGAAGAGCUGUAAUACAUAAUAGCUUGUCAAAAAUACAGUGAAUUACCAAGAGUAAUUUACACAAUCCUUGAUGGAAAAAAUGUGGCAAAUGGUGAAUAUCCUCAUAUGGCAGGCUUGGUCUUUGAUAAUCCUAAAGCUCGAUGUGGAGGGUCUUUGAUAUCAGAGCGAUAUGUUUUAACUGCUGCUCAUUGUGUUAUUAGAUCCAGGCCAAAGUUUGUUCGAUUAGGUGUGGUUGAAUGGAAUCCUACCACAGAAGAUCGUAAUAAACCUGUUGAUAUGGAGAUUAAUGACAUAAAGAUUCACCCGUCGUACAACAAGUCCGUGGAACACAAUGAUAUUGCCCUACUUGAACUUAAGCAGGAUGUUGCAUUAUCCGCAUUUGUAUAUCCUGCAUGUCUUCACACACAUCGCUCGGAUAUCGAUCCGGAUGUUCCAUUAGUUGUUAUUGGAUGGGGUGUUACAAAUGUCAAUGAAACCUCAUCAGAAUCGAAUAAUCUAUUACAAACUAAUGUGAAUACAUUUUCAAUACACGAUUGCAAUACCACACAUAUUGCUGAAUAUCCUUACAUUGGGCUAAUUGAUGGACAAUACUGUGCAUAUGAUCGAGAUAAUAAGAAAGAUUCCUGUGAGGGAGAUUCGGGUGGUCCACUUCAAUUGGUUCGCGAUAGUAAACAUUUGUCAAUUGUUGGAGUUGUUUCAUAUGGAAUUUCUUGUGGAUCUGCAAUACCAUCAGUUUAUACUAGAGUGGCAUAUUACUUGGAUUGGAUUGAGAGUAUUGUUUGGCCAAGCCCACCAAAACCGUAGAAAAAGAAAAGACAAAAAAAAAAAGAGAAAAGUAAAAAUUUAUGCUUCAUUUAAAAAUGUACUUAUUAAUAAGAAAUCUUAGAGAUGCUAUUAAAGUUCCUUUAUAAAUAAAUAAA